CUUAAUAAUUAAAAAAAAAAGAUAAAAAAUGUUCUUAAAAUGUUCAAAAUUUCUUCCUUUUUUGUAUUUUGAUUAUUGAAUAAUUCUUUUCUGAUAAAAAAAAAAUACAAGGUGGUGGCUAAUUAAAAAAAUACAUAAUAGAAAACAAAGAUUUUAUACAAAAAAUGUUAAAAAUGGAUUCAAAUUAAUCAUAUAUUAUCAAAAAGAUAUCUAUAUGCGCUUAAUAGGACCUAAAAAUGCUUUUUUUAAUGAAAAAAUACUACCAAAAGCCGAAAAAGAUGACAUAAUACCAAAUUUAUAUAAAAUCCAAUAUAAAAACUAUCAAGAAAUAAUCCAAAAAAAUCCCAUAAAAGACCUUUAAGAAAACAACUUAGUAAUAUAGAGUAAAUCAAGUGCUAUUCCUGCAUUUUUUUUAUAUGAAAAAUUAAUAAAAAACUAAAAAUAAAAUAAUGAAAAAAUCGAAAUUAUAGACUGUUGUGCAGCUCCGGGAAAUAAAACACUAUAAUUGAUCGAAUAUAUAGGAAAAAAAGGAAAAAUUCUAGCUUUCGAAAAAGACGAGAAACGAUUUCAAAUUUUGAAAAAAAGACUUGAAAUUUUUUUCAAAAACGAUAAUAAUUUUGAAUGUUUUUAAUAAGAUUUUUUACAAAUAAAACCCGAGUAUUAUCCAAA